AACGUGACACCAUCUAGUUCAAUGCAGGCAUUUGCAGCUGGGGGGGAAUUCCCCUGGGUGGUGUCGAUACAGGACCUACAACACAACCACCUGGCCUUUGGCUCCAUCCUGAGCGAGCACUGGAUCCUAAGUGCUGCAUCCAGUUUUCAGACAAGGCGUCCGGCUUUCGCCGAGGUUGGUAUAACAGAUCGGAACAUGCAGAGGAAGCCCCAGUCCCAGCACUCAAUCAGCACCAUCAUUCCCCACCAAGACUUCAACGCAAUCACACUGGACAAGAACAUUGCCCUGCUGAAGAUGGCCACCCCCAUAGAGUUCAGUGAUGCUGUUCAGCCCAUCUGCUUCCCGGGCAGGAACCUCACCGCAGCCACCCUGGAGAACUGCUGGGUGUCAGGGUGGCUUCACCCCACUGCAGGACGACGCACGGCAGCGAGCUUUCUAAGGAAGCUCUCAGUAGUGGAUGUGGAUCCCUGCCCCUUGAAGAGAAUCGUUACGACCGAGUGCAGCAGCCACCAGGACUCCGAUAACGUGACUGGAUGUUUGGGGGACCCCGGGAACCCAGUCAUGUGCCAGGCUAAGGGAACUGGAGACUGGGUUCUGAAUGGAGUGCUGAGUGAGGGCGGCAUGAGAUGCUAUGGACCAUUUCUCUACACCAAAGUGGCCUAUUACAGUGACUGGAUUUCAGCCACAACAGCUGACGCAGGAGUCCCCGUAUAUCCCACGUUUGCCAGAGGGCGCUCCGCUUUUCAAGCUCCGACUGAGGAUUUGGGAGGGUCGUUUGAGUCAGCAGAGAAGGUGUUUCGAUCCUCGGUCAUCGCAGAAGCUGGGUCUGACCGUGGCCAAGCCAAGCAGCGACCGAAGGACAUCCAGCCUGCCCAGGAAGGGCUAGCCAGGGCUUACAGCAAGUCUGACCCAGUGUACUAUGACUACUACAGUGGGGAAACGCUCCCCAUUUCUCAGGGGACCUUGCAUCUGCCGCAGAUCCUCACGGAAAUCAGCGCUGUUUUCCUUCUGCUCGGGCUCCUGUUUUACUAGAUGAGACACUGUAACCGAGGCAACUGUGUGAUUGACUGGCCUCAGGGACCAUUCACUGCACUCCAUCGGUUUUAGUGCUGUUGACAGUGGCACGAUCCAUGUGCACGGUGCUGACAGGUCCUCCCCCCACAGCAACGCCCUCGCGUGUUAAUCCGUCUCUGUAUUUUAGCACUCACUCAGGCUAUUAAACUUUAAACUCCUCCCCCCCCAAAACUCUGAUUCCUUUUGUCCCGAGGGCCAGUCCAAAGAGGACAAUGACUGUAAACGUGUCCAGAUACAAUGGCCAGAGAGUAACUGAUCAGACGUAUUUGAGAGGGAAGGGACGCUCAGGAGCACAGCUGAUUCAGAACUUUGGGAGC